AUGCUCAAGAAGCGCGUCGCAAGAGCGAACACUUUCAAGGGAGCAACAGCAUCAAAGUUCUUGCGGACAUUCGAAGCAGGCGAUCCAAGCGGCAGGCUUACAACGAUAAAACAUACCCAGGAAGGAGGUGCUAACAAAACCAGAAGCCUCUUCAAGACCGCAGCGGGAUUGUGGAUGAACAACACGUGCAUAAACUUCUAUCAAGACGAAAAUGAAACAUCUGUGGAUCUCUUAGUCGUAAUUAAAGAAUAUGGAUGCUGGUCAGAGGUUGGUAGGCAGGGCGAUUGGCAGUUCAUGUCGCUUGAUGGAGGCUGUGAAACGGUAUUGGAUCAGAAAAGCUUCAAUUUAAAACCGCGAAAUUUUUAG